CGAGGAUGAAUGGGGGGGCUUGCCUGACACUCUUGGCAGCUCGCUAGCUAGCGGCCGACGUCAUUGGCGGGUCUUCAGCGGCAAUCAAGCAGAACUGGAGGUAGAUGCAACAACGCACACUUCGAAAGAGAGAAUCCAUCUCUUCCCCGCUCCCUCCGUGGAGAGAUCAUCUUCAUCAUGAAUCGUUUUCUCAAGGCCUCGCAAUGCGCAGGGGCAUCCCAUAUGCGCUUCCACUCGUACGCUCUGCGACCAUCCCCGCUCGCGUUCGCACGACCUCCGUUCCGCCGUCCCACAAGCACCGUCGGCGCGGACAAGACGGGCUUCAUCGACAAAACACCCGAGGAAUCGCUGUUGUAUUUCGACAAUGUCUUUCCACUCAAGACGGCGCUCUACGAUAUCCGAUACCUGGCGAUGCACUACGACAGCAAGUCAAUCGACUCGCGGAUCAAGAGCCAAUGUCUUCCGGCGGACCUGUGGGAUUCUCCAGACUUCCAAAUCACGGGGGUUAUUCCGCGGAAGAAAGACGGCGGAGCAUUCCUCAAAUUCAUCUCGCCCGACCCGGCGCGAAUCGAAGACGUAGUACAAGCAUUCUUGAAGGAGACGCGGGUGAAGCCUUGGUUCGCGCCACUUUCGAACGUGCGGUCCUUCCUGGUUCGCGGGAAGCCCUGGCUGGAGGAUCUAUAUCGCUUCCCGAGCACGCGGCUUAAAGUGGAGUUCGUGGAGGGGAAGGAGUUGAGCCAGGAAGCGCUGUAUGCGCUGUUCCGGCGGUAUGGGAAGAUCGCGGACAUCACCAUCACCCCGCCCGGGGGCAAGGAACCGAGGUUUGCGAUCAUUCAGUUCCUGCGCAUGAGGGGCGCAACCAGUGCGAGGAAUUGUUUGCAUGGGUUUGUGGUACCCGAGAUUGCGGCGAUUGCGGGGAAAGAGGGCGGUGUUACGCUCAGGAUCCUGUAUGAGCGCGGGAUGAAGCCGCAUUAUUUCCGCGAUUGGAUGAUGAACCAUCCUAGGAUUGUGUUGCCGAUUCUGGCGGCGCUCGUCAGUGUCAUCGCUGUCUGGAUUUUUGAUCCGGUCAGGACGUUCUUCAUCCAUGCGAAGAUCACUCGCUCGCUGCAUUUCUCCGAGAACGAGUACUGGGGAUGGGUAAAGAAGAAUACCGUAGACCGGUUCGUGUUCAAGAGGGAACAGGAGUUGGAGGAUCUCUCUGCGCUAUGGGAGGAGCGGAAGGGCGCGGUCGAGCGGAUCAAUGGCUGGCUACAAGAGUCGGAGGAGACCUUCAUCGUCGUUCAGGGUCCUCGUGGAUCCGGAAAGCGCGAGUUAAUUAUGGACAGCAUUCUGAGAGACCGGAAGAACGUCCUGCUUAUCGACUGCGAACCCAUCAACGAGGCACAUGGAGACUCGGCCACCAUCGCCGCCGCAGCAUUGCAGGUUGGAUAUCGCCCGGUGUUCUCGUGGCUCAACACUAUCAGCAGCCUCCUAGACCUCGCAGCCCAGGGAACUAUCGGAACCACCGCAGGCUUUUCCCAGACCCUUGAGAACCAAUUCAACAAGAUCCUCCAGAACACAGGUGUAGCUCUCAAGACCGUCGCGCUGGCGCACAAAUAUGAAACCGAGCGUGACAAAGCCAUGUCCGACGACGAGUAUCUGUCGGCAAACCCGCAACUCCGGCCAAUCGUCGUAAUCGACAACUUUCUCCAUCACGAUGGCCACAGCGUGAUCUACGACAAACUUGCCGAUUGGGCAGCACUCCUUGUCUCCUCCAACGUCGCACAUGUGAUCUUCCUCACGAACGACAUUGGCUUCCAGAAAUCCCUUGCCAAAUCUCUGCCCGACCGCGUCUUCCGCACCGUCUUCCUUGGCGAUGCGAAACCCGAAAGCGCGAAACGCUACGUUCUCUACCACCUCGAUGGUCAAAGUGACCACAUAAAGAAGGAUGAAAAACUGAUGAAGGAGCUUGACGAAAGCAUUGUCGCGCUCGGCGGCCGUCUGACCGACCUCGAAUUCCUCUCCCGGCGGAUCAAGGCCGGCGAAACCCCGCACCAAGCCGUCCACGAAAUUAUCCUCAACUCCGCCUCCGAGAUCCUGAAGCUCUACUUCCUUGACGGCUCCGAGGUCGCGAAGCGGAAGUGGACACCCGAGCAGGCCUGGUAUCUCGUCAAGCGACUCACCUCGGAGGACUCCCUCCGCUACAACGAAGUCCUCCUCCACGACUUCUUCAAGUCCUCGGGCGGAGAAGACGCCGUGCAGGCACUCGAGCAGGCCGAAAUGGUCAGCAUCAUCAACAAGCACGGCCGGCCUUACGCCAUUAAGCCGGGCAAGCCGGUGUACCGCGCGGCGUUCGAACGGCUGCUGAAGGAUGAGGUGUUGAAGGCGAAAAUGGAUAUGGUCAGUCUCAAGGCGGUGGUGAAGGCCGAGACCGUCGAUAUCAAAAAGUGUGAGGAGGAGCUUCAGGCUCUUGCUGCGUGCGAGAAGAAGAGUGGGCGGAGAGUUGAUUGGCUAGUUGGCAAGAUCGACAAGAGCCAGAGGAAAGUGGAGGAUGCAGAGGCCCAGAUGGUCUCGUUGAAGAAGGUGUUACAGGCGCAAUUUUAGUCGGUGUGGGGGUAUCCUUGGUAUUUCUCCGGUGGUUUUAUAGCAAAUAUUUCCUCUCUCAUUCACCCACGGUGUAUGUUUUAGUACGAGUAGAGGUAAAGAUCUGUGAAGAGACGAGAGCGUCAUACAUUC